UCACAGUUGAUUCUCUGUCAAUGUAUUAUCUUCUCUCUCACCAACACACUCACAACGACAAGAGAGAGAUAGAGAAAAGAGUGAAGAGAGAGAGAAUUGUAGUCACCAAAUAGACCAAACCCUGAAGUUAAAUUCACACCAGCUACUUUGGUCAUUACCACAUCCAUAAACACACACUCUCUCUCUUUGCCUCUCUCUCUCUCUCCUCUUCUCAAAGCUUUCAACUUCCUUCAAUGGCGAAAGGAAAUUCACAUGACUUCACCUCCAAGAGACACAAUAGUUUCCACUGGACACGAAAAGUCGGUUCAGAUGAAAACGACGACGUUUCUUCCAAUAACCCACUUCCUGACAACACUAAACCCGUUUCCAAACACAAUCCUUCCUCUUCCUCUUCCUCUUCCUCUACUGUAAUCACUCCAAAAAGGAAACUACAAUCCUUCGCCGUUUCUCGUCUCCGGUCAGUCAUCGCUUCUCUCAGCAGAGCCCGACCCGGUAACAACUCCGGACUCGGGUCACGGGUCGUGGGUACACUUUUCGGAUCCCGUCGCGGACACGUGCAUUUCUCUAUCCAGAAAGAUCCAACUUCCCCUCCGGCGUUUCUAAUCGAACUCGCUACUCCGAUCAGUGGUUUAGUCAAGGAGAUGGCUUCGGGACUCGUCAGAAUCGCUCUGGAAUGCGAUAAGGCCAAGGAGGAAGAAAAAGAAGAAGGAGAAAACGGAAAUCGCCGUCACGGCGGAGGAGAUAAGACGAAGACGGUGAUUCCACGGCGGUUGGUGGAGGAGCCGAUUUGGAGGACAUAUUGCAACGGCAAAAAGUGUGGGUUCGCGACGAGGAGAGACUGUGGUGAGAAGGAGAAAAAGGUCUUGAAGGCGCUCGAGAUGGUUUCCAUGGGCGCCGGAGUUUUACCGGACACGGAGGAGACAUUCGCCGGCGGCGGCGGCGGUGGCGGUGGAGAUAUAAUGUAUAUGAGGGCGAAAUUCGAGCGAAUCGUUGGGUCGCGUGAUUCUGAAGCUUUCUAUAUGAUGAAUCCUGAUAGUAAUGGAGCUCCUGAGCUCAGUAUCUAUCUACUCAGAAUCUAAUGAAGAAGAUGAUCCUACCAAAAGCUUCUACUUCAAAAAGAAGGUUUAACGGUUAAGGAAAAAUUUUCCGGUUUAAUUACUUAAAUAGUUGGUUAAGUGGUUCUUUCGGGAAUUAAAGUAGCGAUGUCUAAUACUCAAAUAUUCGUAUUUGAAUCGAAAACGACAUAUCUGUUAUUGCAAGUCGGAUUAGAUGUGAAUGUAAUCGAUCGAUCGAUAAUGUGUUAGAGCAGGUUUUUGUUUUUUGGGGGGGUGGGUUUAGAAGUUUUAAAAUUUGGUAUAUGAUUUGGACCGGAGGACUUGUAAAUGUAUAAAUUUCGUUUUUUAAUGCCUAAUCUUUUGUUU